UAGGUGUAGACUAUUACUUUAAACAUCAACUAUUCAUCAUCAUUAACACUAAUGAUUUUAUACAUUUAUUCAUCUGAUGAAAGUAUUUAAUUAGAGUUGAUAUUAUUGCUGUUAACUACAGUACCUGAACGUUUCAAUAUGCCAUUUCAUGUAUGAUCAUCAAUGAUUACACUAACAUGCAACAUUUAAUGUGAGUUUACCUGUAAAUUGCAAUUAACACAGGUAACCUCAGGUAAUUUAGCCACAGGAAUUUAAAAGGAUGAUAAAAUGAAAACCCGUUUUACAACGAAUCCUGACUACUCCAGAGAAGCGUCCGCUCUUUUUUGAUGUCACAGUUUAGCCUUUCAUUAUCUCAGUCUAUAUGAUAUCUCUUUUAACUGAUGACUAAUUCAGCCAUUAUAUUGAACAGAAUAUUUGUUUAGUUGCUGCAUUAUUUCAUCCUCUGAAAGAGAAGGGAGACAGGGCAAAGUAUAUCAAUAUAUUAAAUGAAAGGUAGGAAUAUAGAAGAAUUGAGCUCAGUAGAUAGCAAUUAGUGACAGUGAGGAAGCCAGGUGGAGUGGAACUCAGUAAUAAGGAGCUAUAAUUUCAUAUGAUAAUACAACAGGAUUCAAGAACAUAUUAAACAUUAUAGUGUAGUAUACCAUAGUCUUCGAUACCAGCAUAGCGAGUUACAGCCACAGAACACAAUACAUGCAAAUUGAUAGCAGGUAUAUGCUAACUUCUGCCUCCAAAUUACGGUGUGAUACACAGCUACAGUACCUGUAUUAUUACUUCAAUAGGGCGGUCUACCAUACAGCAGCCAGUAAUAUUGCAACAUUAGGAAGUGAAUUUCAAACUCAUUUUUGUAAGGUGACAAAAAACAAUUCAUUUGUGUGACUAACAAGUGGAAUCUAAGUAAAUACAGGUAAAGGUUACAGAAACCUAAUCACAAGAUUGAGAGAGCUAAUUUAAGUAGCACAUAUUAUUUGGAGUUAGUCAUUGAGACACAGUAUAUUGGAAAUAUUGGACUGGAAGAGAAAAUUUUUUACUGAAUAAUUAUAUAGUUUCAGUGAAGUAAAAACUUAACAAUGGCGAGUUCAAGAGCAAAUGCGUCUUGUAUAAUUAUUUUAUUGUCAUUCUUGUUUGCUCUUGGAGCUGUUAUAACAGCAGGUUGGAUCUUUAAGGCAGAUAUUGAAUAUGUCACUAAUGAGGGGUCACCAAUGGAUGGGGGUCAGGUUGGAGCUACACCUGAAACAACCAGUGAACCAACCAGCGAACCAUCUCAAGAGCCAACAACUGAGCCAGAGCCAGCUACAACUGAAGCCAUGAAUACAACAGCUGAUAUUACAACAGCUGGAAAUACCACCACUAUGGAGAAUACAACCACCGCUGUACCAGACACAACCACCACUGUUGCCCCUGUCACCACUAAGAACACAACCAUGAAUGGAACAAUGGCACCCAUGACAACCGUUGCCAUGGUAACAGUAUGCCAUAACUACACUAAUGAAAACAAUGAAACUAUGGAGAAUUGUACGGAGAUUCCAGUCACUACCCCUGUACCAGAGCCAACAAGUGAGCCAGCAGGGAAAACAGAUGGACAACAAGGGAAUGUAACCACCCCUGUAGCAAAGGCUGUUGUACGAUGGUAUGGUCUUUGGUACCACUGUGUCUACCCAAAAUGUGAACCAUACCAAAUGGAUCCAAAACCAACAUAUUUUGAAGCAGUUCAGGCCAUGACCCUUGUGAAUGCCAGCCUGCUUCUGAUUGGUCUAUUGUUGAUGAUGUCAUACCUGUGCUGUGAUGCAUGUAUGGAGCGAAGAUGGGCGAUUAUGUUCAUCAUAUGUAUAUGUUUCUUAGCAACUGUGUUUGCCAUAGUGUCUGUUGCCUUAUUUGGAAGUUUCUACAAAUCCACAGAUAUGUUUGGUGGACAUGAUGGGGAGCUGUCUUAUGCAUUUGGAUUUGAGGUCGUCUCCGGGUUCCUCAGUCUGAUUGGAUCGUUCCUUAUGAUAGGAGAGAGCAUCAAUAUUGGAAGAGCUGAUUGGAAAGUGUAGAAACAUUGCUAAGUUUAUAUUCCAUUAGAAUGUUCAAAAUACUUUGGCAUAUGGAUGGUAUAUUCCUAGGCCCAAGAACAUGUAUAAUUAAUGCUGAAUCAAAGUUCGUUUAAUCAAAGAUUUUUUCUUAUGUCAGCCAGUGUCCGUUUGGAUAAACUUCAACUUGGCAUUGGGUAUGCUUGUUCCUGGGCCUAUGGUUACAGAGGUGUCAAGGGAAAACCAAAGGGACAUCAUCUUAAGCAACUAAUGUACAGUAUGUUAUACUAGAGAAGACUCAGAAAAUCAAUCGAUGUUUUUGAUAACAUGCCAUGGGUUACACAGAUCAUUAUAUUUGGUCUACCUUAAUUAGCCAAAUUUUUCAUUCUAUUUGGUCUAGCUUA